CCGGCUGGCACCGUCGCAGUGCAGCCAUUGCUCUAUUACAGACGUGUUUGGCUGGUGCUGUUAAGAGUCGCCAAAACACAUUGUGUGACCAAAACUGUAACUGUGAGGAGGUAUCAGAUAAUUUAAGCAUGCAAAAAGUCGAGGAAUCAGAAGAUGCCAGGAAACGAAAGAUCCAGCUGCUGGCCGCUAUACGAGACAAACACAAGCAGGAGGCGUUACAGUUAUUGAAAGGGGGCGCUGGUGUGGAUUACCGGGAUUUGACAGGGUCCUAUCCUUUACACUACGCGGCCAGUGAGGGGUAUGAUGACGUCAUCACAGUGCUUCUGGAGAAAGGCGCGAAUGUAAUGGCUUGGAACAAUAACGGACGGACGGCCGUUCACCAGGCAGCCAUGCACGGACAUGCACGAUCCAUAGUGACCCUGGUCGCCGGAGGCGCCGUCGUACGUACGCUUGACCACAAAGGAUGCCUCGCUCUGGAGUAUGCUAUCAAAAACAAGCACGUGACUGCAGUGAAGCUAUUGUGUCAGUUUGGGUCAGAACCUUUAUUACAGGACUGGUCUUGGGUUAGUCAACGUGACCUCAAAAAGAAAAAGGCCGAAUAUGAAAUGGCUAAGAUAUUACAGCAUCAGAUCAGACUGAUCCCCGGUUACCGGCACACAGGGAUCAUAUUUGACGUGGCAAGGGUCACUCCUGAGGAGGGGCCAAUACUACACCUAGAGCAGACAGGUGUCGAGGUUAAGGUUGUGGAAGGUCAGGAACCUUACUACCUGUAUCUGUGUCAGACAGAGGAAGCGUACGGCAGCCCACCUACCCUGGGACCAGAUGAGGAAACGUUCGGUCACCUACUAGAAUGUCAGACCUGGGGGCCUCGGGUCCAAACCAUCACCCUGAUAGUUACAGUGGAUCGGGUUCUCCGGCAAAACGAGGAGAUUGUUCUACGACCAGCAAUAACAUCGGGUGGUGUCGAGAUGCAAGAAGAUGAAAAUGUCGGGAUCACAAAGGUUACAAUAACUGUCCCUCUGGUACCCACUGGAAUCACGUAUUUCACCAUGGCAAGCAGGGAGAAGAAACAAGUUUUUAAGAUCUCCGAAGAGGCAGUCGUACUGAAACCGGAAAGUGAACCGGAAGCGGAAAUCGAUAUUCCCGCCGGCACGUUUGACUCUGGCGAACUCUCAAUCAAAUUCGUGGUCCCAACAGAUGGUCCUGAUGAAGCUGACGACCAGGAUAAAAAGGAUCAGAGCAAGCCCAAGGGUGAACCCGUUCUAAUGACAAGUAUCCUUGACCUUUCCACCACUGACGGCCAAAUGCCCAAACAUGACAUACAAAUGAAGAUGCCGGUAACUGUCGCGGACAAGUCGGAAGCCGUCGUUGUGCUGACGACAUCAAAUCCCGACCCAAACCUGGAGCAGUGGGAUUGGGAUGAAAUUCCAGCGGAAAUUGAUGGCGCUGGCAAGGCUGUGUUUACAAUCAACCACUUUUCUAUAUUUUCCGGGACUUCAAAGCCUAAACUUGAUGCCAAUCCUGAAGGCGUAAAGGAUACUGUAAGAAAUACCUUUCUUAAGAUGCGCAGAGUUGAGUUCUUAGUCGCUUUGAAAACUCCGGAAAUGGACGAAAGUAAAACGGAUAUGAUCAUAACAUGUGGAACAAAGCGUAAAACAAAACUAGUGAAGAAAAAAUAUGAUAGCAACUACACAUGGUUCAAUGUGGGAUCAGACGACAAUCUUAAAAAUGUUCCAGAGGGACAGACAUUUCAGAUUGUUAUUCGUGGCAACUUAAAAGAAGGAAGUGACGACGAGAAUAUGAAGCUAAUUUUUAAGAGCGGCGAUCAAGAAAGUUCCCGUGCCCUGGAAAUCGUCAGUACCUGUCCCGACCCACGUGAACUUUCAGGGGAGGUGGAAAUAAUCAAGGAAACUAAGACUCGUGUACCGACUGAUGACAAGGAAACAGUAGAGCAAAUCGAUGAUGGGUUGUUCUCUUGUUUCUCUAGAAGCAAAAGUAUAAAGGUGACGAAGGCCAAGUCAGAGGUCUGGGAGAUCAACACAUGUACGUUGUGUACCAUACCGUUCAGUACUACACUGACUAAACGGGAACCCGAACCAGAACCUGCCGAAGUUGCUCAAAACGUUAUUGCAACACGUCAGACUACCAGUGCUCCACUCCCAAAGAAGGUAACUUGGGACAGACUCAAGGACGCUGUAAGUCAUCUCUCAGCCGAUGAGAGUAAACAACUUGGUUUUCAGCUCGGACUUAAUGGCAGCCAGAUGCAAAAGGUGGAGGAAGACACUAUGGAUGAGGUGGAUCUGGCCAUGAAUGUGAUAAAGAGAUGGCAUCUAUUGCUGGCUAAAAAUGACAUGGUGAGUCAGCUGAAGGGUGCUUUGGAGGCGAUUGGACGUCGGGACCUCAUACAUAAGGUCACAAAGGAAUAAGUAUCUCACAUGGAAUAUGUGACGAAAUAAACUUGUCACUGAAAACGUAUAAUCUAUGCUCUCUGCUAGGAAUACAACUGUCUCUGAAAAUCACGUAAUUGCUCUCUUGUGUUUGAAUAUCACCGUCCAUAAAAUUAAUUACGUUACUGCGUCCAAGGAUAUUUAUCCUUCGAAGUGUACUGUGGCGUUUGUUUUUGAUAUAUUAAAAAUUGCCAAUAGAUUGAAAGGUUGAUUCAUUCUUCAGACAUUUACAAAUAGUGUCAGAAAAAGAGGUCAUUCACAAGACUGAUAAAUAGGAUUAAUACUACAACAAUCCCUGGGUCAGAUACGAACUGUUCAGCUGGCCCACUCCUCUACGGUGCCAUCUCACGUAAGUCUACAAUGAGUGAAAUAUACACAGAUUUUCUUACAAUGUAAUCAGCGGUGAACAAAACGGUCAGACUUACACAAUAACCUGACAGGAACAGGAGUAAAGAAAGUGCUUUAAACCACAUUUAUUCCAUGUACAGUGUCACAAACAACAUGACUUCAAAUAAUUGCCGGCAAUUGUAUAUUUCGUUGAUACGCGCAGAGCUACGUAUACGGAUGCUAGGGAAUUUUUGUUUAUACUCUAUGCGAUAAGCGUUAAGAGUACGUUCUUAAAAACCUUAAACGGGAUUUGUUUAAAACGCAACACCAUUCAGUAAUUCAAGGUAAAAAAGAGUGUUUAAUCUAGCAAGCGCAUUUUUAUCUUAACAAUAUAGUUCCGAUAGCACGAUAAUAUCGUUUUUUUAUUUACGCUGACGACACCGCUAUAUAUCAGUCAAUGAACCUGUUCCACCAACAGAUGUCCCGAUGCUUACACAUUUAUUUUAUUACAUAGCUACUUUCGCUUAACGAGGAAAAACAAAGUGAUUCAGCUGCUGGAUAUCCAAAAUACUCGUUAGAAAAGCGGACGUAACACCACUCAAACAAGAGAGAACCAAAAGACAAGAUCUAAUAACGAAAUCCUUCUAAACCUCGGUCACAGUUCUACCUUAUUUGUGAUUAGCUAUGCAACGAUAAUACCGCCGUCUUUGGAUACAUGGACGUUUUGUUAAUAUAUACAUAUAAUUCCUGUGUCAAUAACGAUAGUUUUUUUUACAAAAUCUAAAUUUAGUGAAGUGAUCCCUCUGACAGUAAACAAUCUGAAAAGUGACAAGUUGAACUAUUUGCACAUUAUGGAGAGAAAACUAUUAUCAAACAAAUGUCUGUCCAUACAGACUGCCCAACGUCACUCCAGAAGAUUCUAUUUUUAAGGAUGGAAAACGGUUUAACGACUCUAUGCGAGGUGACCUGGGAUAGCAUUCGUACGACACAACCUAAACGUCUGAGGUUUUCCGAGUGUAUCGACGACAUUAAGAUUCUCUAAAACCGUCACAACUGGUCACCGACUGUCUGUCGUAGUGUUGUACAUAUGUAUAACAGUCGCAGUCAAUAACUUCCAGUAGUAUACGAGUAUAAUAGCAUUGUGUGUACUUAUUUUUUCAUGUUUAUAUUUAUUUCUAAUUUUCUUACCUUUGUAAUGAAGAAGUAUAUCGGCAGUGAUAAUUUUAAAUAACAAACAGGAAUCGGACUGUUUUUUUGUAAAAUACUGCUAUAUAUGUAUGGGAUUACAAUGCUCUCCAGACGAAAUUGUAUUCAACGGUAUUCAAAGAGCUAAGGAGAAGGGUCCGAUUUCAGUUAACGACCCAAAUAGUGCCAAUACAAGUCAAAAGGAUAUUAUACCGUUUGUCACAACAUUCAACCCUAACAAUUUUAACAUGUUUCCAAUUAUGAAAGUUCACGAAGAAGUUUUAAAGAAUAGCAAAAAAAUGAAACGUGUCUUGGAGAAGACGAAAAUAAUUAACUGCAAAAGACAACCAAGGAAUCUGAAACGUUUAUUGUCCAAGUCAAAAUUUGAUGAGACAAUAAAUGUUAAUUACAGCGUGACAAAGUGUAUGAAACCGAGAUGUGGAACAUGUAGUAAGAUUGUUGAGUGUAACUCGUUUGUUUUUAAGAAUGGCAAAACAUUUGAAAUGAGAUGUAAUACGAAUUGUAAAUCAAGAAAUGUAAUAUAUGCUGUAAUUUGUAAGAGAUGCUCUGAUUUUUACAUAGGUCAAACUGGAAAUAAACUACGUCAAAAAAUAGCAGUCCAUUGUCAACAAACCAAAACUGAUAGUUUACGAAAUUUAUUUAGUUAACAAACAUUUUCAUCAGUGUUCAAAUGAUCAGUUUUUAGUUUUACCAAUUUAUCAAAUGAACACAUCAGAUACUAUUGCAAGAGAGUUAAAAGAGAACAUGUUUAUUGAAAUUCUAAAACCGGGCUUGAACGCGGGAAAUUUCGAGCACCUCUUAUGAAUUUUAAAUUUACAAAUUCCGUAUGUUUAAUAUGUUCGGAUGAACUAAGUAUUGUGCUUUGAAAUUAAUUUUUACUAUCAGAUGUUUUUAACUUUUACUAUAGAACAAUGUAUUCAUUUGAGCAUUUGUAAUAUGCUCCGUUUCUUUUUCCAUAUAUUUCAUUGAUGCUUUUAAUGCAAGUACAUUCAUGUAAUCUUUUAAAGACGUCACAAAUUCUAGACGUCCGUAUUAUGUGUACUCCAUUUAUGACGUCGUUAUUUUUGACGUCUAAAGUAUGUGUACUCCAUUUAUGGCGUCACAAAUAAAAUUAAUUCGCCUGAAGAUUCCAAAGAUGGGCGAAAGCGCUAGCCGAUUAUACUAGACUUGGUGUUUUGCUUUAUUUAUAUUUUUACCGUCACAUGGGCAUUUAAAACUAUUUAUCGCUAUACGGGAUUGUAUACGUUAUAAACCUGACAUCAUAUAGUUGACAAAUGUAAUUUCCGUACCGAAUGUUAUUUUUAUUCAUAAACCAAAGUACAACUGAUAAAAUAAUUAUAAACAUUUAUACUGUAAAAAUGGUGUAAAGAUACUAAAUGCGUAAUGAGCUGACUAAUUUAAACCUGUACUCUUAUUGUGCUUCAGACUUUGUUUAUAAAGUAUAUAAAAUGUUAACGGCCUACUUCAAAACUAGCAGCUUUCAGCCUUAACAUGGUUCUUCAGGUUAAUUUCAUUUAUGGUAGGACAAACAUAAUGAUAUAAAAAACAAGGACACACAAUCUGAAUUGAAUAUGGCCGUUUAUUACAAUAAACGACGGUUGUUAUGACAUUCACAUUUUGUCAUAGAAAUAGACCCAAAAAGGUUUACUUUGGGGUCUUAUUCCGCCAUACACAAUAUACUUGAUGAAAUAUUAACGCUAGUUAGAAAACAUUAUUUUUACACACAAAAUAUACGAUAUAAUAUCGAUGCAUUACUUAACAGUCGCAUACAAAAUGUUGUACACCAAUACAUAAAGUUAUGCACAUUCAGAAAGUUCUAACAAGAAAGGAGGAAAGUAGGGGAUGGUGGGGGGCAAAAUGUAUCCUUUAUAUACUACAAUCUGUGUUCAUAUAAAACAAUACACAACUUUUCAAGUUGAAAUAUAAUUGACCUUGACCGUACGAACCUUGUUCCGCCGUCUUCUUUUAUCAUCUUUUGAAAUAUGGUGAUCUAAUUUUAGCAACGUAUCAAUGCGCGCAUGUAACCGGUCGGACGACAUCACUCAUACCCCAACAUACCUCAUUCCGCAAGUAAAAGUAGUUAUGUAAAAGCAUAGAAAGUCUGGCUGCAUAAAUAACAUUAAAACAAGUUUCAAUUUGUAUUAGUUCAUUUCAUCUGAAAUAAACCUGAAAACCCUGUUACGGGUGAAAGCUGCUAGUUUUGAAGUCAGUCGUUAAUCUUGUGUUUCUAUAUACAUUGUACAUUAGAGAACAAUUAAUUACGCAGUUUUAACUACAUCACCUGAAGUCAUUACCUGUGUAUGUUGUGUGUUUACCGUUUAACCGUUUUAAUGAAACUGAUUGUCUAAUGGAGCCUCGACCUACGUUUAACAUAUCACUUCUUAUAUUUUCGUGUCGUCAUUUACGUAUUGUGUAUGAGCCAUUCCAACGUUGUAGCAUAGAUUACAUUCAACAUCGACAUGUUCGCGAAGAUAAUAUGUCAACAAUCCGAUAUGGAAACGUUACUCGGUAAUUUGUAUGUGAUGAACCUAGGGAAGAUGCUUCGAACUGUGAUCACACGUACUGAGGUGAUACAGAACUGUGAUCACACGUACUGAGGUGAUAUCGAACUGUGAUCACGCGUACUGAGGUAAUAAAGAACCGUGAUCACACGUACUGAGGUGAUAAAGAACUGUGAACACACGUACUGAGGUGAUAAAGAACUGUGAGCACACGUACUGAAGUGAUAACGAACUGUGAUCACACGUACUGAAGAGAUAAAGAACUGUAAGCACACGUACUGAGGUGAUAAAGAACUGUGAUCACACGUACUGAGGUGAUAAAGAACUGUG